AUGCCAAGAAAUUUAAUAAACUUUAAUACAGACUGGCUUCAUCGAGCUGAUUCCAACAACGAUUCGGUAAACAUAUGGCUGAAAAAGGGCUCCACACCUACAACUUUCAAGUGCAGUUUAUGUCAAACAGGUGAUCUAAGUUGUGGUAAUCAAGGUUGGAAAGCAAUAGAACAACAUAUGAAUAUUAAUAAACAUAAAGAAAUAUUACGUCAAUGGAAACAGAAUGCCAAAUUUCGUGUGGCAAAUCAAACACGAUCAGAUCCAGCUGAUUCAUUUACAUCCACCUCUAUUGGUAUUCCAAUAUUAGAUACAAAUACAAACAAAAAUAAACCUUUAACAUUAGAUGAUCAAGUAACAAAAGCUGAAAUUCUAUGGUCGUUAAAAGUUGCUCGAAAAGGUCUAAGUUAUAACUUAUGUGAUGAAUUAAAUGAAUUGUUUUCAUCAAUGUUUUCUGAUUCUUCAAUUGCCGAAAACUUUAGUAUUCAAUCUGAUAAAAUGUCUUAUGUUAUAUCACACGGAUUGGGUCCUUAUUUCAAGAAAAAAAAUAAUCGAAGAUAUAUGUUGUUAAGAUAUUGGUCUAAUGAAAAACAAUGUGUUGUUAAUCGAUUUUAUAAAUCAGUUCUAUUAGGUCAUGCUUAUGCAAAAACAAUUCGUGAUAUAAUUAUUGAAUCAUUUGCUACUGAUGGAUUAAAUAUAAAUAAACUUUUAAUGUUAGGAAGAGAUAAUCCCAAUAUUAAUAUUUCACUUUAA